UCGUACUUAAAUGGUGUUUUUACCCAACUAAUUGGUCAUUUUAAUUUGUGAAUUGAAGAAAAUAUAACCUACCAAGAUGGCAAGAACUAAACAUUUAUAAUAUUUCUCUUAGAAAUGCAGUGUUAAUGUGAAUAAAAUUGUGAAUUAAAGUAUCGAUUAGUGUAUGAAAAAAAUAUAACAUCAAGAUUUUUUUCCUUAACAUACAGUUAAAAGCCAUCAGUAUCUACUGAAGUAACGUACGAAAAAAAAAAUAUUUUGUGUACUUUUUUUUACGAACGCGAGUGUGUGUGAUCAUAGAGCAGAGCGUAUUCGCAACGUUCUCUUACACAAUAUUAAUAUUAUUGUCGAUUUGUUAUGAAAAUAAAUAUAGUUACAUGUGUCUUUAUAAAUGUUGGGAGUUGAUAUUAUUUUAAAUAAAAUACAAAGUUGAAGUACAAGGAAGCAACUACGAGAGAGAACAAGAAUAAUAAUAAAUAAAGAUAAAAAAAGACUGAAAAACUCUUGCAAAAAAAAAUUAAUCUCGAAAGCCAACAAGCACAAAGCAAAUAUUUCACUUUUCUCUUGGCAUUAAAUGGCAACCGCUUCACUCAAUAGAACAAGAUAUCGACGUAGAUUGGCUGCGAUAUCUUUCCUUUCGAAUAUUUCCCUAGACGGAACUCACGCGGAUACACGUUACGGCAGUUGCGGUGGCAAACAGUGCCAUACCAACUUGAACAAUAAUGCAUGCAAAGUGCGAAAUAACAAUAAUGACAGUGACUGCAGCCAAGGAGGCGGCGGCAUCGGCGGUCUUAUGGACAAGGAUGCCGAUGACUGCACGACAGAUGGCGAAACGUCAGGCAAUUUUACCAAAAUCAUACAGAACCCUUCUAUGACCAGAACACCGCAACCGGGACGCGCAAAAUGUAAUGGUCAGAAGCAUAAACGCCAGCUGGGACGUAGUCCAGACUAUUCGGGAGCCGAUAGCUCGGAUUCCGAUAGUGCUAUGGUCCAGUUGAGGUCGCGUUUUAAGGCGCCACUGAAGGAGAGGAAUGAAGCUGCAAGUUUGGAAGCACUCAGUUCCUCCACGGAAAAGCGUCAUCGAUUGAACUCCGGGUCUCUUCGUACGAACCCGGUGGCAAAACGUGCAUUAAUUAUGGGCAGCACGCCAGACGAGAAGAAAGGCGACUAUUUCCCCAAUAGCUCGACGGAAAGUUUAUUAAUGUCGCGCCAAGUUGGUCGCAAUGUCUCGAUCAACGACACCAAGGAGAUCCGUUUCGUCAAGCCAAACACGAACAAUUUCAACUUUAAAGACGAUCGCAUUGUGGUCCUUUCGCAAAAGUCUCCUUUUAUGAUUUUUUCCGUGCUGCCCUACCACAAAGGCAAAAAUGCCCGGACUGAAAUGCGUCAAGCGCAGGGACAGCGUCGUCGAAAUAUCUCCGGAAAUCGUCCGUUGUCGUCGAUUAACGAUCAACCCUUUGACGCCUUUAAUUUGCUCGGCAUUGAGCGACCUGUGGAACAAGGUUUGGAAUUGUCAUACGGGCAUCUACUCACCCCAUCCCGUUUCUACCAGAAGGAGAAGAAGCAACAACAACAACAUCAAACCAUUGAAACGAUCGAUGCGGUUGUCGGUACGCCAAACAUCAAAUGUUACGGACAAUCGCGCCAAAUGUACAACGCAGAUGCAGGACGUCAUCUCACCGCAAGUCCGGCACCGAUUUACGAGUUGAAACAACUGGAAAUCGAUGAUGCCGCUAUGAUGACGCAACUUUCGAGUGUUCCAUAUUCCGCGAAUUUGUUGGAUGACCCGGAGUUGAUUGCCGGCAAACAUCGCACAAUGCUGACUUUUCAGUCGUACAUGACGUCGAUCAUCGAUUACGUGCGCCCGAGCGACUUGAAGAAGGAAUUGAAUGACAAGUUCAAGGAGAAAUUCCCGCACAUUCAGUUGACUUUGAGCAAAUUACGAAGUUUAAAACGUGAAAUGCGACGCAUCAAUAAAUUGGAUUCGCGUAUCGAUCUGCUUACGGUUGCCACGGCCUACGUUUACUUUGAAAAACUCAUUCUGGCCAACAUGAUCAACAAGGCAAACAGAAAAUUGUGUGCGGCAGCGUGUUUGUUACUGAGUGCCAAAUUGAAUGACAUCAAAGGUGACGUCUUAAAGAGUCUUUUUGAGAAAGCGGAAAGUGUGUUCCGUAUCAAUCGUAAAGAACUCGUUUCGUCCGAAUUUGCUGUCUUAGUUGCACUCGAGUUCAGUUUGCAUGUUCCAACGCACGAGAUUUAUCCACAUUAUCAGCGACUUGUGUACGAGUCAUAGUGACUAGCGUCGCAGAAACGGGAAAAGGUUUGGCACGAACGACCAUUUAUCACAACGACUGUGUCAUUGACUUAUAUUGGAAAUUUUUAAAUGUUUUUUUUAUUAUUUUUUUUAUAAUCCUAAAGAAAAAGUUUUUUUUUACUAUUAUUACUAAAUACUAUUGAUAUUGUUAAGAUUGUACUUAUGUUUUAUUUUUAUUGAUUAUUACUAUUUUAUGAAUGUUAACAACUAAUGAUGCAAAAUUAGAAUAAAAUAUAUUAUUAUCAAGCAGGAAUUAUAAAAAAAAAUUACAACAACAACAAAAGUUCAUGGGUAAAAAUUUUAUAUACAUGUUGAUUUUGAUAAGAAGGGAAAAAUAAAUUAAUAAUUAGACGUUACGUUAAUAAACUAUAUAUAAUAUAAUAAAAUUAAGUGAUAAGAUGUCAAAACACAAUAUACUUAUGAAAAACAAAUUUACAAGAAAAUUAAGCAAGAAACGAAGUACUUUUAUUAUUAUUUUUUAUAUUUAAACGAAAUCCUUAAACCUUUUUCCUAGAACAAAAAAAAAACAAACAACAACAAAAUAAAACUCAUUCCAGGUCCUUUAAAAAAAAGUUCCUUAAUGAUGA